UAUUAUUAAUUCUCCUAAAAAAAGAGAAACAAGAAAUCCCAAUUUCGAAACCUCCGCUACCACCGUGGCGUACAAAAUAAUCGGCCCACCACCUCCACCACCGCCACUGCCCACCACCAACACCACCACCAACAUAUAUAGUCCAACUCAGCACAGAUAAGAGAGAGAGAGAGAGAGACAGCCAUUUUAUAGAGAGAGAAAAGCGCCUCUGAUCUUGACAAACCCUAACUCUCCGUUUCUCCCUUCAGUUUUACUCCUCCACAUUUCUCUCGCGCUCAAGAUUCCUUGUUCUUCUUCCAAGAACCGCUCCUGGAUCCGCUGCCGCCUGCUUUUUGGUCCGUUUUUCGGUGCGGUUCAGGGAGGACUCGGUUCUGUUGGUUCUUGGCGCUGAUUUUGUGUGCAUUUAGGGCUUUCUGUGGAUUUGGAGUUUUGGCAAUGGUGUUUUUGAUUUAGAGAGAGAAGCGGAUAUGGAUGAUCGCGGCGGAGGGUCGUUUGUCGCUGUCAGAAGGAUAUCUCAGGGUCUCGACAGAGGCAACACCUGUCAUUCGACGUCUGCUGAGGUUGUGGCAGGAUCAGCAGCAUGGCUUGGUAGAGGUCUUUCUUGUGUUUGUGCACAGAGAAGAGAGAGUGAUGCUCGUCCCUCAUUCGAUUUAACCCCUGCCCAGGAGGAAUGCUUGCAGAGGCUACAGAGCCGUAUAGAAGUGUCCUAUGACAGUUCAAUCUCUGAACACCAGGAAGCCUUAAGGGCUUUGUGGAAUGCUUCAUUUCCUGAGGAAGAACUCCGUGAUUUAAUAUCUGAGCAGUGGAAAGAAAUGGGUUGGCAAGGAAAAGAUCCAUCCACAGAUUUUAGGGGUGGUGGUUUUAUAUCAUUGGAGAAUUUAUUGUUCUUUGCUAGGAAUUAUCCGAAAUCCUUCCAGGAUCUUCUCCGAAAGCAGGAAGGUGAUCGAGCCUUGUGGGAAUACCCCUUUGCUGUAGCUGGUGUUAACAUCACGUUCAUGCUUAUUCAGAUGCUUGAUCUAGAAGCAGUCAAACCACGAUCGAUGGCAGGAGCAAUUUUCUUGAAGUUUCUUUCUGAAAACGAGUCAGCAUUUGACCUUCUUUAUUGCAUCACCUUCAAGUUGAUGGAUAAUCAAUGGCUUGCCAUGCAUGCAUCAUACAUGGACUUCAAUACAGUGAUGAAAUCCACAAGGUGCCAGCUGGAAAGGGAGCUUCUGCUUGAGGAUGUAUCACGCCUUGAAGACUUGCCCUCAUAUAGCCUUCUUACCCGAUAGUAUAACAGUUUGUAGAAGUUGAGAACAAAACGGCUUGCAACAGGGAAAUGCAUAUGCCAUAAUUGAACUGCGAUCUCUUUUAUUGGUCUCUGUUCCUCUUCUCUUUGAUGUUUUUAACUAGAUGGUGUUUCUCCUCAAUGAUAAACUUUGCUUAGAGCCAUAUCGGCCGGCCUA